CAUUCAAAGAUCCCUUUUUUAUUGCAGCGUAACCUUGGCGGGGCAGAACAAGAGACUGUGACUGGUUGCACAACAGCCUGCCAGACGUGAAUGUGAAAUCCGGUUUAUCAGCCUGUUCACACAUGGAGCCGCGGCCACUGGUUGCCAAGCGCAAGACAGCCGUGGAAACAGGCACUCGGGACUGAGCCUGUGCCAGCGACUCACUUCCCUUCCGCCCGCCCGCCCGCUCCACUUGUUGCUAACGAGGCUUUGGGUUUCACAGCCCCGUGAAACACGAGAGAUACAGAGGGAGAGACAGGUCGCCUGGAAAGCCCCCCUCCCUCGGUGACCCACAUUUGUGACGGCUCUCUGUGUGUGUGUGUGUGUGUGUGUGUGACCCGACUCCGCACACACGGAUGAGGCGAGAGGAGUUCAACGCGGUUAAUGUUUAAGCCGGGGCUUCGUCCGCCUCCGAAUGAAAGACGGGUGACACCAGAGACGCCGGUGAAGGGAACUCGGGGAGUCGGGGAGGCAGUUCCACGGAGCGGUCGUGGCGAAUGCUCGGACCCUGCGCCCAGUCUCUGCAGUAGCAUGAUCGUUGUGAACGACAAGAUUCCUGACGCUCGCAACGUGGAGCCUACACUGAUUCAGGGGAGCGUGCUUGGAGAUGAGGGCCCCUCGCCAUGUGAUGGGUGCGGCACCUACAGGCCAACGUCCCAUCGAGUAACCCAAGCCGACAGCCACAGACCAUUCGCAAGUCCGCCCGUCAGCUAUCAUUCCUCGUUUCCCAGACAAACAGCGGAACAGUGCAACACCAACAAUGGGAGAGGCAGUCCCUCAGACUACUCAGCAAACCACAGCAGAGAGGGCAACCAGCAUUCUGAAGGAGCAGAGAUGAAAAAUCACAAGAGGAAGUUGAGUCCUGGAGAAGACAAUGAUGUCAACUUGCCCAAGCAGCCGAGGACGACACAGAGCGCCAGCGCCAGGCUGGGAAACGGCCACACGCGGUUUCCACAGGGCACAGAACGACAGGGAAGGAAGGAAGCUGCCAUGUCUGGGCACAAAGAAGGCAAGGGAAUGGAGGAGAUGGGACGAGGCGCUCAAGAUGGAAGUUGCCAGUCCAAGCCUUCGCCCCAUGAAGACCAGUUUGGGCGAAAUUUGGACAACCCAACAAAGCAUUAUCAUAAUGGCAAAGGGGAAUCAAAAUCAAGUCCCUCCAGUUACGAGAAGGGAUUGGUUCAGGCUUCUCCUUCAAGCGAUGGCAAGGCAACCCACCAUAAAAUCCCAACACCGUUCCGGGAUCAUCUGGAGGACCUCGGCAGGUCCCCGCUGCUGUUCCCCGUUCAUUCCGUUACUAAGUCAAGCAGUGGGAGCUGGAGGGACGGCAGUCGACUGUAUCCCGGGAAAGAAGGCCAAAAGAUGGACAUCCAGAAAGGCCCAUUGCCAUCACCAGUUGAUUACCAGGGCUCGCAGGAUGCAAAGUUCAAAUCGAAAGAAUGGUCGGGCCGUUCGGAUAGCAAUGAUCUUCCCGCACAUAAGGAGGGCCACGCCGCUGAUGCACUUUGUCCCGACAACAGCCAGAAGUUCUGCUUUCAACACCCUUCACCCAAAGCCAACAACGCUGAUGCAUCAAAGAAGACUUUGGUGUUGAACAAGAGGGCUCCAUCUCCUUUGUACAAUGGGUCUGGGGUUCUGGAGGCAGCCUGGCACCCCUUCUACUCUGCACCCACGUCCGGCGAAAUUUCAGGACCUCAACUAGUUUCCUACGUGACCAAGGGUGCAGGAUCAAGCACUUACUCUCACUUGCACGCCCACUUCCCCCACUUCCUCAGUGGCAGCUUACCCAUUGGGCACCAGUCCUCUCUCUCAUCUCUGCUGGCCCUCAACCCCCAGCUGGACAUGGCAUACAGCACCAGUCUUGGACCGCUAGCCUCCGCCUACAGUUGCUACCAUCCAAAGCAUCUCCAAGCAUCCAACCAGGCCCAACUAUCGGCAGCCUACGGCCAUCUCAACUUCCACCCUGCAAUGUGGCAGAAUGUGAACAUAGACAUGCACUCAGGGUCACGGUUGGUUGCUGCUCCUCAGGGUUAUGUGAAUGGGGAACCCACUUAUAACAUGGGCUAUCCCAACCCAUGGUCUUUCCACCAGUCUCAUAAAAAUGUUGCCAAUGACCAGGCAGAACUGGGUCAGUAUUCCAGCAUCACCAACGCCAAGGAGCUUGCGGGAGCAAAAGCAAAUUCCACUUAUGUUUACAACGGAGAUAUCAACGGCGCCAGGAUGUACGGGGAUUUUUUGCACCCCUUCCCGCACGGCCUGGGGAAAGUCGAGGUGCAAAAUGUCUCGUGUUCUAAAGUCGGCCUGCACCCCGUACCGGAGGGGCAGCUGUACAAAGAGGUGGCCUUCAAACAGGACCUGGAAUCUGAUGGGCCGGCUGAGGCGCACAACGGUAGACGGGACGACGCAAGCAUCACGGCGGAGGUGAGGGACGGGAAGCCGCUCUCGCUGGUCUUGAGGAACGAGCCGAAGACCAAACCCGGAGAACCGCCUCUGGUGCCUCCAAAUCUCAGGCCAGCGUCUCGUAGCAAAGAAUCUCCCACUCCUUCAUCUUCUUCGGGUUUCACGUUGCUGGCUCACUCUCCUCCCGACUUCCCCAGGAAGAUGGUGCCCACCACCCAUCACCAGCAGGUCAUCGUUGACGAGAACCAUAGGGGCCUAACGUUGGAGGCGACGUCAGUGAAUGGCGGCAUCAGCCUCCAACAUUCUCCCUAUCAUAGACCACCAAGAGACGCUGGGGCGAAGGUGAAAGAUCACUACCACAUCCAAUACCAAGCACCGCGCCCGUCGCUUCUGGUUAAUUCAUUGGAGGACAAAAAUCCCCUUCGAGACCUGAGCCACGGACACUUUGAGCAGAGGAAUGAUGCGCCUAAGGUCUCGGCCUCGCCUCUCCCGCUUGUAACAUCCACGGAGGCACGCCAUCCCAGCCAACUCCCCUUAAAAAUGCCGGUGUCCAAGUCUCCUGACGCGGCGAAAAUUCUAACACUGAUCCCAAGGGAUAUUGCAAGCAAGGAUUUCACUGGCAAUCCCAAACACGGGAAACCGGAGGCUGAGAAAGCGAAUCGCGUUCCGGGGAUUCACAGCAAGGUUCCUGUUCAUUAUCAAAUUCCUUCUACGCCCUGCCUCCCAGCGUGUGGGAAGCAAAUUAUCACGGCACCGCCGGGGGAGCUGGGUGGGAGGAUGAGGCAGGUCACAUACUCCACGACGGCUUGUACCGACAACAGGCAUCAGGAGAAAGACGGCAAUCCUUACAAUAAAGAACAUUGCUCCAACUCGCCAAACUUCCCGCCCAGUGCUCAGGGGUUGGCUCAGUAUGGUUAUAACUUGUCUCCCUUGAAAGGUACAGUAAACGGCAAAAGUGUCUUGCAGGAAACUGGCGCCGCCGACGAUUUCUACACGCCCAAAAAGUACAAGGCGGCCAGGACGGCUACUCCUUGUGCCAUGAAACCGGCCAGCGACUGCCAGACGUUGGUGAGGGACAUGCAGGCCAGCAGUGUGAGUAGGGACACGACUUCGCCCAAAGUGCCCUUGGCUAACUGCUCCCCGGUGAAGCCGGCAUCCGUCCCCGAUGCGGUGAACGCAAGUCCGUCGUUGCAGUCCAGCCCACCCGGUCAGCACACCAAGCUCAAGAAGGCUUGGCUCACGCGCCAUUCCGAGCAGGACACCUCGAGGGAGCGGCAGGAGAGCCGGGUUGGUGGGGCGGCUCCGGGGCUGGCGGUCUCCCGAGGGCAAGGGGCGGCGCCGGUGACCACGAUCGGCGGCCCUGAGCAGCCCGACGGGAGCCAGGGGGGCCCAGCGGCCAAGAGAAGCAGCGAGGGCGAGGGCGAGGGCGUGCGCGGCAACCCGGCCGAGGGUCGACACUGGCUCAGGGCCAGGCGGGAGGCCAAGCUCGCCAAGGCAGCCCAAGACUCCGGGGAAGAUGCGGAGAAAAACAACAGCAGCAGCAAGGCAAGGGACGAGGAAGACCUGAAAGCAGCCAAAAAAAAUGAGAAAGAAAAUACCAGCAGAAGGAACGGUCGAUUGGAGGCGCCAGGCCACAAGGAGCAGCCGAAACCAACGCUUCCCAAGAGUUUGGGGGAAUCCUUUCUCCAGGACGUCCCGUGCACUGAGCUCUUCACGAACAUCCCCCGCUGCAGAGACUGCUGGCCGAGUCGCAGCCGUAAGGGACCAGAGUCACCUCCCCUCUCCUGCUCUUGCAGAUUCAUGCAUCUUCGCAGGCUGUCUGUUGGCCGUAACGGUGGUCUGAAGGUUGAAGGCUUCUCCACGGAGGAGCAGAUCAAUGAAGAGAUGCCGCUGGAGUCGCCGACCGGUGCCGCGGACACUGGCCUGGACCGCGACACUUCAGCCUACAUCCUGGGGCAUGUUGGUGACCUUUUCUGUGGCCUGGUGCUGUCUGAGCAAGGACUGCUGGAGAGGAUCAGCAAGAGCUACGACGGGGCCAUUGCUUGCAAGGCAGCAAACGGAGAGAAGGAAGAGAGGUGUGACUGUUGUCAUUCUGUGGUCUUCAACCUGCACUGGGUCUGCCUGUGGUGCGGGUUCUUUGUCUGCAUGGAGUGUUACAGCAUGAAGCAGAAAAAAUGCACAAGGAACGAGAAAGAGAGGGGUGAAGAUUUCACAACCUGGCUGAAAUGUGCUAAGGGACACAACCAUGACGUGAAGAGCCUGCAGCCAACACAGCUGGUUCCUAACACCGCACUGGUCAGCCUGUGUGAAAAGAUGCACAGAGGCAAGAAGAGACUGGGCAUCAAAUCAAAUUGCACUUGUGUCGACGGAGAUAAGAACCGGGCUCUCAAAGCAGCUGCGGCAGCUGUGGUGAACAAGAGUGUGAAGUUACAGACCGAGGCCAAAGUGGAAGGGGCAAACUCGGUGACAUCUGGAGAGAAGCCUGCCGCGACGAGAUCAACAUCUGAGCACAGCCAAGGGUCCAACAUCAACCACUCCUGUUCCCAGUCACCCCUGCACUGGUUGGCAGAGCUGGCCACACGCAAGGCAAAGGAAGAAGCAAACGAAGCAGAAGAUGUGCAGUGCCACAGGCCCAGAAGUACAUCGUCCAGGAGCCCCGUGGACCAGGAAUCGAGGACAACCGAGCACGGCUCAACCCUGUGUGACCUGCUGACCACCACGGCGGGAAAACUGCGCAUGGGAUCCACGGAUGCUGGCAUUGCCUUUGCUCCGGUCUACACAACACUAAACAGCUGCAGCAUGGCAUCACGGAGCAUGCCCAGCAUCCUGGACGACAUUAUCGCUUCAGUUGUGGAGAAGAAGAUUCCGAUCACCAAGCCACAGAGGCAGCGUCCAGAGUGCCAGCUGGAGAGACCGUCUCUGGAGAGAGAAUCCAACCCCUUCCCCAUGCAAAGUGAAGAACUCAACUCCACACUUCAUUACUCCUGGCUUGCCAAGGGCUGUUUCCCAUGGAUACAAGAUCCUUCCGACAAGAACAACUGGAGAUUCUUCCGGGAAUACUGGGCGAAAGGGCUGCCGGUGCUGGUGUCGGGAGUGCUGGUGGCGACAGACAGUAACUCGUGGGGGCCGGAGUGCUUGCGGCAGGACCUGGGCGAGCAGAGUGUCAGCUUGGUCAAUUGCCGGGACCAGUCGGUGCUCACCAGAGCCAGGAGCAAGGAGUUCUGGGAGGGAUUCAAGACCAACAGCUCCAACUGCCACAGGCUCAAGGGUAGAAGCUCGAAGAUCUUGCGGUUAGAUUACUGUGCUUCAGAGAAAGAGUUCAGCCAACAGAUGCCUGCACAGUUCGAAGAGCUGCACAAACAUUUGCCGUUGCCAGAAUACACCAGGAAUGACGGAAAACUGAACCUUGUCUCCCGGUUCCCAGAGGAGACGGCAAAGUCGCAGCUGGAGCUGAGAGUGUGCAGUGUGUAUGGCCUGAGCCUGGCUGAUGGGAAUAAAGGAAGCAUGAGUCUCCACCUGGAGCUGACUGACACUCUCCACAUCCUGGUCCAUGUCGAACCCCCAAAGGAAGACCGGAACACGUUAGAGAAAGCAGUCCUUGCCAGCUUGAAGGGAGAGUCAGCGGAUGAUGCGGUCAUGAGAAGGCUGAACGACCCAAGCCAGCGGCCCGGAGCUCUCUGGCACAUCUACUCCAGCCAGGACACCGAGACGAUCAAGGAGUUUUUACACAAGGUGCUGAAGGAGGGAGACUGUGAUAGCCAGGAUCAGCAGCUGGUACAGAGCUGUUACCUGGACCAGAAGCUGAGGACCAGACUACUGGAGGAGAGUGGAAUUCGGGGCAAGGCCGUGCUACAGUUCAGGGGCGACGCUGUCUUGAUUCCCACAGCAACCUCCUAUCAGGUUCAAUACUUCAGCAGCUGUAUCUCCGUCACCAAACAGUUUGUUUCGCCCGAGCACAUCAAGCACUCGUUCACAACGCGGACUCUCACCAGGGAGAGUUGGCCUCUGGUGCAGCACACACACAAACUACAGAUGAAGAGUAUCCUGUACAACACUGUGAAGGACUGUGUGGAGACGCUGGCAGCUACGUCACUGGGUUGAAGAGCAGCCCAGAGGCUCGCACUGACAAUGAAAAAUGACAAUAAUAAAAUGAAUGAAGUUUUGUAAUAAAA